AUGAGUGGAUGUCGUCCUGCAGAUAUCCUUAUGGAUCCUAAUGCUAAACUUUGGGGAGAAGGUAAUGUUUAUGUUGAUAUUGGAAGAUAUCAGAGAAUGAUUGGGAAACUGAUUUAUUUAUCACACACCCGACCUGAUAUUGCUUUCCCAGUUGGUGUAGUGAGUCAGUUUAUGCAUUCUCCUUUCGACGAACAUCUUGAGGCAAUCUAUAGGAUACUGAGAUAUUUGAAGGGAAAUUCUGGAAAAGGAUUAUUUUUUAAGAAGACUAGUGAAAGAAAUGUGUCUAUCUUCACCGGUCCCUAUUGGACAGGUUCAAUCACAGAUAGAAGAUCAACCUCUGGACAUUGUACCAAUGUUUGGGAUAAUCUCGUGACAUGGAGGAGGAAGAAAAGAGGAGUAGUGCAAAAGCCAUGUUCAGAGCUAUGUCUCAAGGUAUUUGUGAAGGAUUAUGGAUCCUUAGAGUCCUAG